AAAAUUUAUCGAUAUUUGAUGACAGUUGAAUGUUUGUAUAGAUUUAAAUUUUUCAAAAAUACAGAAAAUAUAAAAUAUAUACUUUAUGCGGUUCAGAAAGAUGUAAAUUAAGUUAAUUCAUUCAGUUAGUUAACAAUACAUAAAGAGAUGGAGCAAGUCAAGCAAAGAGGAAAACACCGCAUUCAAGCUGAAAACGAAAUAAUUCGACGACGUGAAAGAGAAACUCAAUACAGUGAACUUUGGAAUGGUACAGUGAAAUAUUUUGAUCACUGGAACAAGGCUUGCAGCAAAUUCGAAGAAUGGACAUCUCCAAGAUAUUAUAAUGAAAAUAAUAAAAUGUUAUCAGAGAUACAGAGCAAGCGGCAGAAAGAAGAACAAUUGGAAAAACGAAGAGAAAAGUUAAGGAAAUUAUUUGAAGAAGAACGGACAUCAUUCGAAAUAGAAAUGAUGGUUCAUAAGAGUAGACACUUAGUUGACAGACCUAGAAGAGACAAUUUAAAAGUUACAACUGAAGCGUUAAAAGAUGUUAAUGAUAAUAUAAAAGCACACGAAGAAGAAAAGAGAAGACGAGAGGCUGAGCUACAAUUAUAUCAUCAAUGGAGAAGAAACAAUCCACUCGUACGACAAUAUGAGGCAAAAUACCGCUGCAAAGACUUAAAAUUAAGUUGGUUAGACCAACAGAUAGAAAAACAAAUGCAAAAAGAAAAAGAAGAGGAAGAAAAUAAAUUAAUUCUAAAGCAACACGAGGAAAAAAUUAAAUUUGAAAAAGAAGUGGAAGAGUUGCAAAAGAAAGAGCUGCUAGAGAAAAGGGAACAGCUUAAACAUGACUUAGAACAACAAAUGUCUGAAUUGCAACAAAAGCAACGUUUUUGCGACGAUUUAAAAUAUAAGGAGAGUGUUGAAAUCAAGCAACAACAGUUAUUGGCAGAACUAGAAGAAAAAUGUAAAGUUGAAGACCAACAAAGACGGAAUAAAGAAUGUGCCUUGGUUAAUAUUCGGCAACAUAAGAGAAAACUACUGCAGAAAACUCAGGAUAUUCAAGAAAACUUAGAGAGGGACAGACAAUUGGUUUCAAGAUUGAUAGAACUAGACCUAGAACAGGUUAUUGAAGAUGAAACUAAACGACGGGAGACCCAGGAAAGUAUAAGAGAGUUUUUAGAUAUACUAAAACAGCAACAAAAACUAGAGAUAGCAAGAAAGAAACGAAUGGAUUUUUUAUUUGACUCAGAAGCUAAAGCUAUGUACGAAAUGCAAGAAGAAUUAUGGAAAAAAGAAGAAAUGAAUAGAAAACUAUUAGUAACAGAGGUGAUUGAAUCAUUGAAAAAACAAAUAGCCAGUAAUUUGGAAAGAUAUAAGGAAAAUCAAAGAUACAUUUUACAAGAACGUGAGGAAAUGACGAAGAAAAUAGAAGAAUACCAUGACGAUUUGAAACGUUUGAAAGAAGACGAGGAGAAAAGAAAACAACAAGCAAAGUCUGUUAGAGAAGAAGAAAUUCGCGUAAAACGAGCGAGAGAAAAGCAGUCGGAACAUGUGAAAAUGAAGGAACUUGAUCAAGAGUUAGAACUAAUUCGAAGAGAAGAAGAGAGGCUACAAAAAGAAAUUUUGAGAAUUCAGCAAAGACAAGGUCCUAUUAGGCCUCCUCGAAGUAGAUUAUAUCUUUAAUAAUUAUAAGCUUAAUUGUUGUUGCUUAGUUUUAAUAUUGUUAGUUGUUGUUGCACUUUUUGUUGCUACUGUUUCAUAAUACCAGAAACAUAUCCAGCGGCAAAUUUAAAUGGACUGGAAUGGAUCAAAAUAUUAAUUGCAAAACUAUUUUACUUUAACAGAUUUUUCAUCAUCACCAUUCUGAUUUUAACUCUCUGUAGAAUAUAACCCCCUCAAUAAUUUUUCUCCUUGUUUCAGUGCCCUGUCCGAUUAGGCGAUUAUAUUGGCAGUAAUAACUUUGUUUAUGGCAGCUCGAAACAUAUUAGCAGAUAUCUCUUGAUACCACUCUCGGAGAUUUCGGAUUCAGGAUGUUCUUCUUUGUCCUGAGCCUCUUUUUCCGGCGAUCUUACCGUGUAUUAUGAGGCGUAGAAUUCUUUUUCUUUACGUGUUAUCUCCGCGACGGAGGUUGGCAAUCAUCAUGGCUAUUCUGAUCUUAGAUGCUGUUGCUCUGAAUAGUUCAAUUGAUUUGCAUCCGUACCAUUCCCCCAAGUUACACACUUCCUACAGUUCUCUUGCCCUGGAUUUUCUCUUGUAUAAUUAAUUGAAGUAUGUUGUAUCUCUCAUUACGCAUAACAUGUCCCUGGUAUUGCAGCUUUCGUGUCUUGAUGGUUUCCAAUAUUUCCAGUCUUUUGUUGACUCUUCUCAUGACUUCGUUGUUUGUUACAUGCUCGGUCCAUGAUAUCUUCAGGAUUCUUCUAUACACCCACAGUUCAAAUUCUUCCAACUUUUUAGCCGUCAACGCGUUAAGUGCCCAUGUUCUAUCCCGUAAAACAGAGUCAAGAAAAUAUAACAUCUUGGCAGUUUAACUCUCAAGUCUAAUUUCAGUUCUCUUGCACAAAGUACCUUUCUCAUUUUAUUGAAGUUUGUACUUUCUCUAUUCGAACUUUGAUUUAUUUGGAGUAAUCGUUUGUGUGAUUAAUUAUUGUGCCAAGGUAGUUGUAGUUUUCAACUUGUUCUACAGUUUUACCGUUAUUGUCAGGCUUUCAUCAUUAUUUUGGGUUUUUGAUAUCCUUAUAAAUUUAAUUUUCUUGAUGUUUAUUGAUAAUCCAUAUUCUUCUCCAUACUCAACUAUCCUAUUCAUUAGCUUUUGGAGGUCUUGUAGGUUGUCCGCUAUUAUGAUAGUAUCGUCCGCAUAUCUAAUGUUGUUGAUUGGUGUUCCAUUGACCUUUAUUCCUGCUGUUUCUCCCUCAAGAGCUCUUUUCAUAAUUUCUUCAGAGUAUGCAUUCAAUAGCAGUGAUGACAAUGCACACCCCUGUCGCACUCCUCUUUUAAUUUCGAACUUUUCUGAUGUGUGUUCAUUAAUGCGUAUGUGCGCCUGCUGUUUAUAAUAUAGAUUUGUUAUAAUUCAAAGGUCAUUGCGUUGUAAUUGUUUUACUUUGAGGACGUCCAUUAGCUGUUUGUGGCGGACUUUAUCGAAAGCCUUGUUGUAAUCUAUGAAACAGACGUACAUAUAUUGGUUCACAUCCAAGCAUCUCCGGAUUAGUACGUUGAAUGCAAAGAGAGCUUCACGGGUACUUAUGUUUCUCAUCAUCAUCAUCAUCAGCCUCUCUCAAUCCACUGCUGGACAUAGGCCUCCCCUGUUUGUCUCCAAAGUGUUCUAUCUUGUGCUUGCUGUACCCAGUUUUUUGUUGUCUUUCGUAAGUCAUCUUGCCAUCGUGUUGGUGGUCUUCCUCUGCUACAUUUAUCGGCUCUUGGUCUCCAUUCAACUAGUUUACGAGUCCAUCUUCCGUCCUUCAUUCUGGCAACGUGUCCAACUUAUGUUUCUACGGAAUCCAAAUUGGGUUUCUUGAUAUCUCAUUAUAUGGCAGAAAUAUUGUAACUUUCGAAUUUUGAUUGCUUUUGUUAUUUCUGUGGUCUUUUUCACUCGAUGUAAAGCUAUUUAAUUUUUUAUUCGAGUAAUCCAACUUAUUCACAAUAUUCGUCGAUAGAUUCACAUCUCAAAUUUUUUCAUUAGUGUCUUUGUACAGUGUACGGGUCCAGCUCUCCAAGCCAUACAGCAAUGUGGAGAAUAUGUACCAGCGUAUCAAUCAGAUUUUAAGGUUUAACGUUUCUGGUAAUGAGAAUUUUCUUUAGUUUAUAGAAGGCGGCUUUAGCUUUUCAGUUUUCAAUGCGUAUUUUUAUUUCUUUGUUUAUAUUUCAGUUAUUGUUAACGUUGGUACCCAAAUAAAUGACAUUAUGGACUCUUCUAAGUAUAUUGCAUACGCUCUGAUGUUCAUUGGUUGUAACUCCGUUUUGCUAACAACCAUAACUUUGUCUUAGAAUGUAUUAAGUUUUAGCCCAUUUCAACAUAUGUUUCGUUCACCCUGUUUAUAAGUCGUUGAAACUCGUUUUCAUUGGAAGCAAUCAUUGUGUCGUCAUCUGAAAUCAUCCGUGUCGUCUUCGUAUCUGAGAUUGUUGACGUUAAUCCCGUUGAUUUAGUGUGUGAAUCUUCUAAAGCUUCUUUAAAAAUAAAUUCGGAGUAGAUAGUAAAAAGUAAAGGCGAUAAAAUACACCCUUGCCCCACUCCACGUCAUGUUUCCAAUACGUAAUUCGUAUGUUUGCAUAUUGAUGCCAAUACAAAUUUUUGAUAAUACGGAGGACUUUGCCAUCAAUUCCCAUCUGUUGCAAGACACCUAUCAGUUUGUCGUAGGUGGCCCAGUCAAAGGUCGUUUUGAAGUCGAUAGAACCAUGAACAUCUUUGAACCAUGACCUACAAACUGAAUAAUGCUCCCUAAAUUCUUGAGCGCAGUAUUCUUGAGAAAAUUUUUAGUACAUAGUUCAUCACACUGAUAGUGCGAUAAUCGCUACAUUGUUUAGCGUUUAUUUUUUCUGUAUUAUUACAAAUGUUGACAGUAGCCAGUCUUUUGGUGUAUGCCCUGUUUUGUAUAUUAUGUUGAAGAGGUUUAGAAGAGAAUGUUGAGUUGAGAAUAAUAAUUUUGUAGGACAGGAAGGAAUUUAAAAAACAGCUAACUGAACAGACACACAGUCUUUCCAUUUAGAAAUAUAUACCACACAACAGCUAAUCUUUAUUUAACGUUUUCCAAUUUUACAAGUAUAUUAGACCUAGAUCUAUUUUGUCGCUGUAGUUACACUCAUUGCACCAUACUUUUAACAUUUUUCACUUGGAGAAGAUGUGGUAUAUUCUCUUCUCUGAAUUCAUAUGUGAUAAUUAUUUAAUAGAAUAAUUAAUUAAUAGAAUCAAAUUUUGUAGUUUUGUAGUUUAUUGAUGUGGAAAUAACUGUAUACGAGUUGCCUUAACAUUAAACAUUUACUGUUAGUCGUUUUGUAGUA